AUCAAAAUGUCAAUCGCCUUCAAUCAGCUGUCGAUUUUUUAUUGAAGACAGAUAAUUUAUUUGUUGUUUAAUUUUAACAGAAUGUGUGGAUAAAUGUGUGUUGUAAUUUGUGAAACGUGUUUUGUAAAUCAGCCACGGUGGUGUUAGUAGUGUGCGGCGGGCGAUGGCGGUGGGCUGGGAGUGAGGGUGGGCGCGGGCGAGGCUCGCAGUUGGAGCCCCAGGGUCAGGCAUGCAGCGGCAUGGCGGGCGAGGCUGCGGGCACGUCGCGCGGCCUCCGCGUCUACAAGAUUGUGGUUCUCGGCGACGGGGGAGUCGGCAAAUCCGCGGUCACGCUGCAAUUCGUCAGUCACAGUUUCUUGGAUUACCAUGACCCUACUAUAGAGGAUUCGUAUCAGCAGCAAGCCGUAAUUGACGGAGAACCUGCUUUAUUGGAUAUAUUGGACACAGCAGGACAGGUGGAGUUCACAGCCAUGAGAGAACAGUACAUGAGGUGUGGCGAAGGCUUCGUCCUCUGCUACUCUGUGACGGACCGGCGUUCGUUCCGGGCUGCAGCGGAGUAUAGGAGGCUGCUGGCCCAGGCCCGGCCAUCGGAGAGGCUGCCGUUAGUUCUCGUUGGAAACAAGCUGGAUCUGGCGCCACGGUUCAGACAAGUAAGCACAGAAGAAGGCAAAGCCCUGGCAACGCAGCUGGGCUGCCCGUUCUUCGAGACGUCGGCGGCGCUGCGCCACUUCGUCGACGACGCCUUCCACGCGCUCGUGCGCGAGAUACGCCGCCUCGAGAGGCAGAGACAGUGGCUCCAACUGUUGACACAUUAA